UGUUUCUGUGCUGUGGCUGUAAACAGUAGCAGUUCUCUGAACAACUGAACCGAUUUUCCCCACCUUAACGUAACAAAAGUCAAAUACAGAAUUGAAACCUGUCUCUCCGCACAAUGGACGCGGAAGCUAGACCGAGAAAGCGAAACUAUGCAGAGGAAAAGUCUCCAUCCGAACCUUCUGAUGAGGAUGACUAUGUGCCCUAUGUUCCAGUUAAGAUUAGAAAACAGCAGAUGCUGCAAAAAAUGAUGCGUCUGCGAGGGAAGGGUCUGACUGAGGAGGAGCAGAAGGACAGUGGAGGAGAACAAAAAGAUGAAGAUGAGGGUCUUGGACCCCGAUCCAACGUCAGCCUGCUGGACCAGCACCAGCACCUAAAGGAGAAAGCUGAGGCCCGGAAGGAAUCAGCAAAGGAGAAACAGCUGAAGGAGGAAGAGAAAAUUUUGGAAAGUGUGGCUGAAGGCAGAGCUUUAAUGUCUGUCAAGGAAAUGGCCAAAGGUAUCACCUAUGAAGACCCUAUUAAAACAAGCUGGAAGGCACCCCGCUACAUUUUAACCAUGCCAACAGCAAGACAUGAGAGGGUGCGGAAGAAGUACCACAUUCUGGUGGAGGGUGAUGGGAUUCCUCCUCCAAUUAAGAGCUUCAGAGAAAUGAAGUUCCCUCAAGCUAUUCUGAAAGGCCUGAAGAAGAAAGGAAUUGUGCAUCCAACACCUAUUCAGAUCCAAGGAAUCCCUACCAUUCUGUCUGGCAGAGAUAUGAUUGGCAUCGCUUUCACGGGCUCAGGAAAGACUCUGGUGUUCACUCUGCCCAUCAUCAUGUUCUGUCUGGAGCAGGAGAAGCGACUGCCCUUCUGCAAGAGAGAGGGGCCUUAUGGACUCAUCAUCUGUCCUUCUAGGGAGCUGGCGAGACAGACUCAUGGGAUCAUUGAGUACUACUGCAAGUUGCUAGAGGAUGAAGGUGCACCGCAAUUGCGCUGUGCCCUGUGUAUCGGAGGGAUGUCAGUGAAAGAGCAGAUGGAAGUGGUCAAACACGGGGUGCAUAUGAUGGUGGCCACCCCAGGCCGGCUGAUGGAUCUGCUGAAUAAGAAGAUGGUGAGUUUGGAUAUAUGCCGCUACCUGGCUCUAGAUGAGGCUGACAGGAUGAUUGACAUGGGCUUUGAGGAGGACAUUAGAACCAUCUUCUCUUAUUUUAAGGGCCAGAGACAGACGCUGCUCUUCAGUGCCACCAUGCCCAAAAAGAUUCAGAACUUUGCUAAAAGCGCGCUGGUCAAACCCAUCACCAUCAAUGUGGGACGAGCUGGAGCUGCUAGCUUGGACGUCAUUCAGGAAGUGGAGUAUGUCAAAGAGGAAGCUAAAAUGGUGUAUCUUCUGGAGUGUUUACAGAAGACGCCACCUCCAGUGUUAAUAUUUGCUGAGAAGAAAGCAGACGUGGAUGCCAUACAUGAGUAUCUGCUGCUGAAAGGUGUGGAGGCAGUGGCUAUCCAUGGAGGCAAAGACCAAGAGGAGAGAACGAAAGCCAUUGAGGCAUUUAAGGAGGGGAAGAAAGAUGUUUUGGUUGCCACUGAUGUGGCUUCCAAGGGUUUGGAUUUCCCUGCUAUCCAGCAUGUGGUUAACUACGACAUGCCCGAAGAAAUUGAGAACUAUGUCCACAGAAUUGGUAGGACAGGUCGAUCGGGCAAGACUGGAAUAGCCACAACGUUCAUCAAUAAGGGAUGCGAAGAGUCAGUGCUGAUGGAUCUGAAGGCCUUGUUGGUUGAAGCCAAGCAGAAAGUUCCACCUGUUCUGCAGGUCCUCCAGACAGGGGACGAAGCCAUGCUGGAAAUCGGAGGCGAGAGAGGCUGCGCGUUCUGCGGUGGUUUGGGUCAUCGUAUCACAGACUGUCCCAAGCUGGAGGCCAUGCAGACCAAGCAGGUGACCAACAUCAGCCGCAGAGACUGCUUGGCCAACAGCUCCAUGGACUUCUAAGGCUUUGGACUUGCCUGCUACCUGGACUUUGUUUCUUUAUGGAUGAGGAAUGGCUUCUUCUGUUGGCAGAACUCAGCUGCUGGUCGGGAAAAUAUACACGAAAGAAUUUCAUUGCUGCAGACUUUUAUAGACGUACAGCAGUGGAUCAUGCGCAGACGUGCAUUCUUUUCAUGCUGCAUAGGAAUAGGACGGGAACCGAUGUAUUGCUUUGUUGUUAUUAAGAGUACUUAAAUUUCUGUUGACAGUUUUAUUUUAGAAGCUGUCUUUUUUUUUGUUUUAAUAUUCAGUCCUUUCCUGUGUCCACAAUGAGAAAUGUUCUUUUUUUGAUAUAAAGCACCCCUUCUGUAGCUUACAAGUACAGAAUUUAUUGUGUCAUUAAAAUGAAGAUAAAGCUCA